CCUCAGCACUGAGUGGGGCUCGAGAAAGCUCGUUCGUCAAUGCUUCGGCUUAUGAACAGGUAAACUCACUAAUUGGGCGUCGUGGGUAACUACGAGCUAUAAUGAGAUGGCCUACCGGCAACGAGUCCACUCGCGACAGCUUGACGCCCACCAGGGUUGAGAAUAUGGUCAUGAGCUCGGUCUUGGACGUGGGCUGAGAAGUCGUGCUGCAUUCGGGUGGCACAGCUACAUGGUUGCUGCCUUCUACCCCUCUAUUCUCAGCCUUGUCCAUCAUCUCUUCACAUCACAUAGCGCUUGAGCGACGAUAAAUUUUCGGAAACCUGCCAUUUUUCGCCCAAUGGUGUAACAAUAGACAUCAGGAUACUAGACAUCACCAGAUCCACGGUGGAAGCGGUCAACGUCUCGACAGCAAUGGGUUCCUGCGUCAACAAUUACACCAUGAGCACCGAUCGGAUAUGCGAAGAGUGUGCCAAAAUACCUUGGGACACGCUGUUUGCCCCAGAGAUCCGUCUAGAACCAGAAAUUGGCGUUUGGUAUGAUGCAGUGUUUCACAGAAGCAAAGUUGACCAAAAAACAGAGUGUCGAAUCUGCCGAUUCUUCGCAAAGGUUCUCAAAGAUUGCACCCGGGGUACCGAACAUGGACGACGCUUCGAGAUAAGUUGUUAUUAUGCCGCUGGUUUGGGCUUGGAUCUUCCGUCAGCAUUUCUCGAAGUCGAACAUUCGGCGAGCGAGCAUGCCGACUAUUACGGCGGCGUCGUACUUGCCUGCCAACCAACAUCCCAGGUGACUCGAAAAGUGUUAGAGAAAGCCUUCUCUGGAUAUGUAUUCCCUCAAGAUCUACCAACGGUGAAGAAGCCGUUGCUAGACCCUGGCCAAAAUCUAUAUCCAGCUGGCGUUAACGUUGCUCUCUUGAAGUCUUGGCUGGAUGUCUGCAUCGAAAAACAUGACCACCGGUGUCGCCCGAGACCGAUCGAUGGUCUGAAGGAUUUAAAAGUCAUUGAUUGUGAGCAUCUAAGGAUCGUUCCUGCGCCGCCUGCAUGUCGAUACGCAGCAUUGUCUUACGUCUGGGGCAAAGAAGGCAAGAAGGUCGGCUCGACCAACAUCCGGGAGAUAAUCCCAAAAACUGUCGAAGACGCUAUUGAGACAACCUUAUCAUUGGGAUACAGAUACCUCUGGGUCGACCGAUAUUGCAUCGAUCAGUCCGACGCACAGGCGAAGCAACACCAAAUUAUGCAGAUGGCAGAUAUAUAUGCAGCAGCGCAGUUCACCAUCUUCGCUGCGGCUGGCAAUGACUCGAAUCAUGGGCUUCCUAGAGUACGGCCACAUUAUCGGGGCUUCUCCUCCUGUUGCGCAUCCACGAGAUCAGUGCAGUUAAUCCAUUUACCUCAAACAAGCCCCAGCUGGAACCUACGAAAGUUGUCACAAUCUUCGUGGGCUUCGCGAGCGUGGACAUUCCAAGAGUGUUACUUCUCAAAGCGGCGUCUCUUUUUCACCGACAGACAAGUCAUUUUCAUUUGUAGCACAGAUUCAUACUACGAGGCAGAUAGGCCCCAUGGCGGCGGCGGCCCCUCCGAGGACGCUCACCUAUUACUGCCAGGCUGGUUUGCCAACACCGUAAAACUCGAGGCGGCUGACACGAUGAUUGCGUCAAUGAAAGUAUUGAAGCAAUACAGCGCUCGCACGUUAUCCUUCGACGCAGAUGCGCUUAACGCCAUAAUUGGUGCGUUGAACUCUUACGCCAAAUACGGUGUUCAGCACAUCUGGGGAGUCCCUUGGAAACGCUCCUCGGCAGACUACUCACCUGGUUUAAAGGACUUUCUCUCAACUAGCCGCAGUGUUAGACGGGAUAUCGACAUAGCAUUAUUGUGGAAUCACGAAAAGCCAAGCAUACGCCGCAACGGAUUUCCCAGUUGGUCGCCCCUCGGAUGGAAAACCCCAAUCGAAUGGUACUGGCAGAACAGACGCCGCCUUUCAACCUACGUCUCACCGGAAGCAAAAAUUGUACAAGUAAAGUCCACUAAGGAUUUCCACAAGCUGUAUGCUCCAGCCAACCCCGACGAAUCCACACCAGAAGAACUCUCGCAGUACCUCAAAGUAGAAGCACGAACCGCAAUGUGCAAUUUGCAAUUCAAAACUGAGAGUACGUGGGAAAACAAAGUUGCCAAACAAUCAGGGAUUGAAAUAUCACUGGGUAAUGGAUGGAAUGCUAUUGCGGAGGUGUACUGGGACCUGCCUCCGGACAAGGGAAACGAACCAUUUUUGAAGUGUGUUCUACUGCCUGGAGCAGAAUUUACCAAAUCCACCGUGAACGAGUUGCACGCUCAUGUUCUCAUACUUGAGCAACACGGAAACCAUUACGAACGUAUAGGUAUCACUCGACUGCCCGCACAUUUUGGUGAUACUUAUGACGGUUUCACUCCACUCUUUCGUCUCGUGAACAAGUUCGGCCGUGUCUUUGCAGGAUACUCGAGAAAACCUUAUUACGCAGAAAAAGAAAUUCCGUCUGCUGCGAUAACAGACUUCUGCUGGUCGGACCACUUCCAGCCGGAGACUAUAAUCCUUGGCUAAGGAAAACUUUGUGGUCUCACGUCUUCACGUUAGCUUAUCUUGCCCUGACCCUUAUGGUAGUAA